AUGAUGCCUCCUCCGCCAUCCUCAUUGCCAUACUACGACCUCGGCACCUUUCACCGUCCCAUCACCACCAAGUCCUCCGAAUGUCAAACAUGGUUCGACCGCGGCCUAAUCUGGUCUUAUGGUUUCAACCACCAGGAAGCGGUAAAAUGCUUUUCCAGUGCCAUCUCACAUGACCCGACCUGUCCCAUGGCCCACUGGGGUCUUGCGCACGCUCUCGGUCCGAACUACAAUAAACCGUGGAACUUGUUCGAUCCAUCGGAUCUGACCGAAUCUUUACAAAGAGCCUAUUCUGCUGCAAAAUUGGCGGAGGAGUACGUCCAGCUGAAUGGCAGUCGACCUGUUGAAUUAGCGCUCAUCGGAGCCUUGAGACUACGGUACCAGGAUAGUACCCGGCCAAACAGCUUUUUGAAGUGGAACUUGGAUUAUGCGGAUGCGAUGAAAAGUGUCUACUCCAGGUUCAAAAAUGAUUUGGAUGUUGCUACUUUAUACGCCGAAGCGUUGAUGAACCUCACACCUUGGCAGCUAUGGGAUCUCAAAACGGGCCUUCCUUCUUCGAAGGCGAGGACGAUAGAAGCGAAAGAAGCCCUGGAUACUGCCAUUAAAAACCCUUUAUCUUCGACUCACCCGGGUGUAUUACAUAUGUACAUCCACUUGAUGGAAAUGUCUCCACAACCUGAAUUGGCACUCGACGCUGCAGAUCGAUUACGAGACCUCAUACCGGACGCAGGACAUCUUCGACAUAUGCCCUCUCAUAUUGACAUCUUAGUCGGCGAUUAUAGACGCGCAAUAGCAUCGAAUACCGCUGCUAUUAUCGCGGACGAAAAGUAUCUCACAAACGCCGGAUUACAGAACUUCUAUACUCUAUACAGAUCCCACGAUUACCAUUCACUUAUCUACGCUGCCAUGCUUGCUGGGAAAUCUGCAGUAGCGUUGGAAACUGCUACGGCUAUGGAAAGCUCGAUACCGGAAAGUUUAUUACGGGUCCAGAGCCCACCUAUGGCGGAUUGGUUAGAAAGCUUUUUGAGUGUUAGGGCGCAUAUCCUAAUACGUUUUGGGAGAUGGGAGGAGAUAUCGAAUUUGAAAUUACCGACCGAUCAAAGUCUUUACUGUGUUACUACAGCCACGAUGCAUUAUGCGAAAGCUAUUGCUGCUGCAGCGACGGGGAGGAUUAAGGAAGCUGAGACGGAAAAGGGACUAUUUGAGGAAAGUUUGACGAGGGUGUCUGGAAGACGGUUAACGGCGACGAAUAAGAGUCUUAAUGUGCUCGCCGUGGCGAGAGAGAUGCUACUCGGGGAGUUGGAAUACAGGAAAGGCAACUACAAGGUCGCUUUCGAGGCACUCAGGAAGGCAGUGGAGCUAGAUGACGGAUUGAUCUAUGGAGAACCAUGGGGUUGGAUGAUGCCUACGCGACAUGCAUAUGCUGCAUUACUACUGGAGCAAGGGGAAGUUGAGAGGGCAGCGGGGCUGUAUAGGGCGGACCUGGGGUUUGACAAGAGUGUGCCUAGGGCCAGACAGCAUCCGAACAACGUGUGGGCUUUACAUGGGUAUCACGAAUGCUUGAGGAAGAUGGGCAGGGAGGAAGAAGCUGGACUGGUGGAGUUACAGUUGAGGAUUGCAAGGGCAGUGGCGGAUGUGGAGGUUAAGGCAUCUUGCUUCUGUCGGGUGGAUAGGUGUCCGCGGAGUGUAUUAUAA